UUCCUUUAGGUGUCCGUGGCGUGCCUGCUGGUCUCCCUGUUGCUGAACGAGCUGUCUCUCUUUCUUUAGGGCCCUGUCACCGUAUCGUAUCUGACAUAGUGUGAACGUCCCCGUCUUCGCCUCUUUCUCCAGUUGAUAGGCAGCAGACCACCGGGCCGGCAGAAUGCUGGAAGAGGCAGGCGAGGUGUUUGAUAACAUGCUGAAAGCUUCGCUACCCCUCACGUUGAUCGUUUUUCUGCCGGCAAUGCUGCUCCUUGUGUCGCCCCUGCAGGCCGAUGCGGCCCACGAGUUCACGGUGUACCGCAUGCAGCAGUAUGACCUGCAGGGCCAGAGCUACGGAACCCGUAAUGCUGUAUUGAACACAGAGGCGCGCACAGCAGAGGCGGAUGUGUUGAGUCGACGUUGUGUGCUCAUGCGCUUGGCAGAUUUCUCCUUUGAGCAGUACCAGAAAGCUCUACGGCAGUCAGCGGGGGCCGUAGUGAUUAUUCUGCCCCACGAUAUGGCAGCUCUUCCGCAAGAAAUAGUGCAGCAAUUCAUGGACAUUGAGCCGGAGAUGCUGUCCAUGGAGACUCAGGUACCUGUGUACUUUGCUGUUGAAGACGCAGAGCUGAAUUCUAUUUAUGAGCAAACGCUGUCUGCCUCUGCAAACCAAGGAACAUCAUCUGCAGCAGAAGUACUCCUCCACACAGCCACUGCUAAUGGUUUCCAGAUGGUGACAAGUGGAGCUCAGAGUAAAGCAGUCAAUGACUGGCUUAUAACCAGUGUUGAGGGACGUCUCGCAGGUCUUGGUGCAGAAGACCUUCCUACUAUUGCUAUUGUUGCUCAUUAUGACUCUUUUGGCGUUGCUCCAUGGCUGUCAUAUGGGGCAGAUUCUAAUGGCAGUGGAGUGGCUGUACUUCUAGAGCUGGCACGCCUUUUCUCUCGGCUGUAUACCUACAAGCGUACACAUGCCAGUUACAAUCUACUGUUCUUUGCAUCAGGAGGAGGGAAGUUUAAUUAUCAAGGCACCAAGAGGUGGUUAGAGGAUCAUCUGGAUCACACAGAUUCUAGUCUCCUGCAAGACAAUGUGGCAUUUGUGCUGUGUCUGGACACCCUAGGAAGUGAAGACAGUCUACAUCUUCAUGUAUCUAAACCACCAAGGGAGGGUACCUUGCAGCAUACUUUCCUCAAGGAGCUGGAGAUGGUGAUUGCUACCCAAUUCCCAGAAGUGAAGUUCUCCAUGGUUCACAAGAAGAUAAAUCUGGCUGAGGACACAUUGGCUUGGGAACAUGAACGUUUUGCUAUUCGCCGACUUCCAGCCUUUACUGUCUCUCAUCUUGAUAGCCAUCGCAAUGGUUACCGCAACAGUGUCCUAGAUUUAAGGUGGAAAGUAGACACUGAGAUUCUGUCCAGAAACACACGUAUUCUGGCUGAAGCAUUGACCAGAGUUGUAUAUAACCUCACAGAAAAGGGCGCUCCAACUGAAAUGCAGAUCUUCACACAGCAAAUGAAAGUCCAGAAGGAGCAGCUUGAUGCAGUAUUACACUGGCUGACCAGCCAGCCACGUGCUGCCCAGCUGAUGGAUAAGGAUAGCAGUUUGCUUACCACUCUAGAGUAUUACAUGAGCCGAUACCUGAAAGAUGUGAAGCUUUAUCAUGUGAAAGCAGACAAACGAGAUCCAGAAUUUGUGUUUUAUGAUCAGCUGAAGCAAGUAAUGAAUGCAUACAGAGUGAAGCCAGCCAUAUUUGACCUUCUUCUAGCUGUAUGCAUUGCUGUCUACCUGGGUUUGUCCUAUAUUGCUGUUCAGAACUUUGGCAUUCUUUACAAGCUUGUGCAGAGAGUUUCUUGGAAGCCCAAACAGCAAUGAGGCCAUUGAUUCUUCCGAUUCUGAACUUCGCACGUGGAGCCGUGGAACACCUUUGAAUUGCAGGGGAUGGGGCUUCCAUUAUUGCCUUCAAUAUCCACACAGGACAAAGUGAACCUUGACAUGACUUCUCCAAACAUCGCAUGGAUCACAACUACAGGAUCAAGCUUUCCAGUAACCAGGUGCUUUGGAGAAAAUGGAAUGUGAAAUCUGCCAAAUAGCUGGUGAUAAUGCUGUUGCAAUUCUCUUCUUCUGUAUAUGGACAGGCCCUACCCACAUAAACAUACUCAGGAUGAAAGGAUGGGGUUUAUCAAAUUAUGAUGCCAGGAAUCCCCACUUUUUUAUUUUUUUUAUUUUAGACAAUGCACUGACUUCCCUAUCGGUUUGUUUUAAGAAUAUUUAUGAAUCAAGUUUCAUUGGAUGAGAAUGGCAAAGAACAAUUGAUUGAAUAAAAUUAUACAUAAUA